UGAGAAACUUGAGACAGAUAUCGGUAGAACAGGAAAAAUGUAGGUUUUCUUUGUCAAUUCGUGUUUAGGAAAUUUUUCAGUGUUUAAUGUUCGGUGUUAUAAACGAUGAUGAGAAGUGAGAGACUUGCGACGCAAAGUUGAGAAAAAGUUUGAUUCAGAGUUCGACGGGAUUUUAAGACUGUUGCUUCCAGAAGGUCGUUCGAUGGACCGUUAUUAACCAUGUCAAAGAGAUGAAACAGGGCAGGUGAGGCGAUAUGGACAACUCCACGGAGCCUUCCUCCCUCAUUACCACCGAAACAAACAGGACCACGCCGGUUUUUACCAUCGGACCCGAAUUCAUCGCACAAUGGAAACUUCAGAAACAACGAGAGAAAAUCUGCAAAACUGUCUACAGUGGAAUUCUUUCGUUCGGAGAAUGCACGCAAGCACUCAAUUCCACCACAGUUUUCAAAACGUGGGAUCCGCUCAACAUCCUGGGAAACGACUCCAACAUCGACUUUCUAGAAGCUAAUACAACUAAGAACGGAUCUGCCGAUUUUUCUCCCAGUGUAACACCUCACUUGCCGCCGUUUGAACUCUGGCAAACCAUCUUGAUUGCGAUCUGUUUAGGACUGUGCAUUAUUUUGACUGUUGCCGGAAAUAUACUCGUCCUGCUGGCAUUCAUCGUCGACAGGAAUAUUAGACAACCCAGCAACUAUUUCAUCGCCUCUCUAGCUGCCACUGAUAUGCUCAUAGGUACCGUUUCCAUGCCAUUUUACACCGUUUACGUCCUGAUGGGUUCCUGGGACUUGGGACCCCUUCUCUGCGACUUGUGGCUUUCGGUUGAUUACACAGUUUGUUUGGUUUCCCAGUACACAGUACUUCUCAUAACAAUCGACCGUUUUUGUUCUGUGAAAAUUGCAGCAAAAUACCGAAGUUGGCGAACAAAACCACGAGUAGUUUGGAUGGUUACCAUUACGUGGAUAAUUCCAGCACUUUUAUUUUUUAUUAGUAUAUUUGGAUGGGAGCAUUUUAUCGGUUAUAGGGAUUUAGAACCGGGCCAAUGUGCCGUACAAUUCCUCAAAGACCCCAUUUUUAACACUGCUCUUAUCAUAGGAUAUUACUGGACGACUUUGAUUGUUCUUUUUAUAUUGUAUGGAGGGAUUUACAAAACUGCCUACGAUAUGCAGAAGAAAAGUGAAGCCAAACAGAGGAAGAUGCAAUCUAUGGUAGCGCUAAGUGCAGGAGCGAUGUCAGGAAUGGCAGGAAGAGCAGCAGGAAUUGGUCUGUCAAAAACUCAAAGUACUUUGUUAAGUCAGGAUAAGCCACAGACAAUCGCAGCAGUUUCUGUAAAUAACCCAUCGGGAAUGACAGGAAAUAAUUUGACUCUGAAAGAGGAUUCUAGUCAGAAAACUAGUUCUAGUAAAAGUAACACGACUGUGACAACAACUACUACGACAGCCGACACAAACAAUGUGGAAAGAAAAAAUUUGUGUCUUCCUACAGGUCAAAACUCCGGUGACCAAGACAAGUCUGAAAGAUCAAGCAGCCCGGCAUUCGAAUCGGACGAGGACAGUUCAGCCCAACACCAAACCAAAAAACGCUCUUCCAUAGUAGGAAUAGUGGUACAGAGUAGCGCCCCCCUCCACAUGUUUGAAAACAACAAUCGCGUGAACGGCGGCAUCCCUUCCAGCCAAUCGGAGAAGCGUUCCCCCACUCUGCCUCAAAUCACCGAGCAGAACCCGGCCAACCUGGAAAAGCCGGUAGGUUGCUCCGCCCCUCUUCAGCCCUCCCCUUCGCCAAAAUCAACUCACAGCAUCAUUCCGCCCCCCGAGCAGUUCCAGAGUAGCCCCCCCGGACGCCCCCGCAACUUGCAUGUGACCCCUUACGAUGCUCUUGUCGGCCUAGACGGCGCCGACUUGCGUUACAUGGACGAGAGUUCGGUUGUUGUCCCCUCCCCUUCGUGCGAAAGCCCCCCCUCGACGCCCCCUCCCACUAACGCGUCUUUGCUCCAGACGACUCUGAUCCGCACAACUAGGAAAGUCAACACGGAGGUGACUCUGAGUUCUGAUCGGCCUAUCACGAGUGUUUGCGAGCUGUCGGUUGAUGGCGCGAGGGAUUCCGACCCAAGCACCCCCUGUGGCCUCUCCGCCAUCAGCCAGACAGGUAAUGCGGCCGCUAUUAUGGCGGCGACGACUAUUGUAGAGGUCAACAGAAAUAAAACUUUUACUAAAACAGACACGGACGAUAACGGCGCCGCCAAAAGGGAUUUCGUCAAAAACAUCGGCAAGAAGUUAAAGGGGAAGAAAAAGAAAGCGGUGGUACCGUUCGGGGGGUUCGGGAGGCAGAAGUCCAAGUCGGAAAACAGGGCCAGAAAAGCCCUCAGAACCAUUUCCUUCAUUUUGGGAGCUUUCGUCAUCUGUUGGACUCCAUACCAUAUUUUUGCUCUCGUCGUGGGCUUCUGUUCGGAUCCACCAUGCGUUAAUGGACACGUCUACAUGUUCUCCUACUUCCUUUGCUACGCCAACAGCCCCCUUAAUCCUUUCUGUUAUGCUCUUGCUAACCAACAAUUCAAAAAGACUUUUACUAGAAUUUUAAAAGGUGAUCUACACUUGACGUAAACGGCGAUAAUUUCGUAGUACCACCUCCUGAUUACACACUCAAAGUAACCAGGAAAUACAUAUUAUGUUUUAAACAUUAUUUAUUGCACUUAAUACUCGUGCAUAGCAUUCGUUCAGGUCAAUAAUUACCAAAAGACAAUAAUAUAUUUAUAGGAAUCCUAAAUUAGCUCAUUAGAGGUACCACGCUGGUUUUACGCGGGACCCAAGCUUCACUAAAUUAUUUUAAUAUUUUGUAAAUACACGCCUUUAGCUACAAAAUGUACUUUAGUACGCAAAUACAUGUAAUAAUUAAUUGACAGUUCGGAAAAAGUGGUACUGUAUAUAUCUGUAAAGUUAAAUGUAUAAAAAACCCGAAUAAUUUAUAAGUACGUAAUGACAGUUUGCUGUACUGAGCCCUACCAGCUAACUCUCACUACGUUUUAAAUCCUUCGAAAACGUGUUCUAGGUGAAACAACAAACUUUUCAAAAAAUGAGAGUAUUUUUUUGAUAAUUGAAUAGAUUAGUACCUACUAGGACUAGGAAUUUGGUUUAUAGCAAAAGAUACUAUUAUUUUUGGAAAGUUGAAACACGUUAGUGCUGUUCUACAAUAAGUGCAUCGUCACACCUCCACCUUAAUACAUGGUAAUUGGAGUAGAGCUGUUAGAAAAAGAAUCAGCUAUUGUCGAUAUUCAUCAAAGCAUAGAUUUGAUCAAAGUGGUUGCCGACUCUUCAUUGCUGAGCUCAAGCACCACCAGUCGAUCAAGCCUUGGAAAUGAGUCGCCUGUAUGUUAUUGAUUUAUUAAUACUCAUAUCGUUAUAAUGACAAUAAAUAACUGGUUUGUUAAAGUAUUUCGGAAAAAUUGACUACAGUUGGAAACUUUCAUUAUCGAUACUGUGAUACGAUAAUGUCAUUGUUAAGAAUAUCGAUAAUAUUCGAUGACUUUCUCUCGUUUUUCAGCCCUAGCUCGCUUUAAACGCGGUUUAAUUUAAAUUAUCACUACGUCCCUGUGAUAAAUAAACUUUCACAUAUCCGAUAAAAAAUUAAAUCAAAAAACCUACUUGUAAAUUUGUACCUAUCAUAAAAACGCAAUCAAACAACAAACUUGUUUUUAUAGGAAAUGAGUGUUGUUGGAAAUUAAAGUAAUGAGAAAUUGCUUAAUUUUUGUGAUCAUUAUUUCAUCAAACAAUAAAUUUGAGUCACUUUCCGCUUGUAGGAAAUAAUUAAAUAUUAGACGUUGGUA